UUUCUGUGCCCUCUCCCACUCCCUCUCCAUAAUUAAUGCAGGACAAUGACUCUGCUGGACUAAAUCCCCAGGCUUCAGUUGGGGAUUUGAUCCCUAGUCCCUAAUGGGCUCAGAGGCGGAGGAGCAGGGAGAAUCCAGAAACUCCUGGAGGAUGCCCAGUGAUUGCUACAAGGUCCAGGAAAAAUGGCUCAUCUCAUUCUCAGAAGAAGAGGUCCACUAUCUGAGCAGCAACCAAAGCCCGACUCUGCCCUGGAGCGGUCCGGAACCCACCGUCUCUCAACCUGCUCCCGAGAGCCACCAGGACAUUGAGGCGUGCACGGAGAAUGAUAAGGUACAGAUAUUGAUCCCAGACUCCCAGAGCAACCUGAAGAGUGAGCUGGAUGGGCUCAGGAGUCAGCUCGAGGCCCAGACCAAGGCCUUUGAGUUCCUGAACCACUCAGUGAUGCUGCUGGAGAAAGAGAGCAGUCUGCAACAACUGAAGAUUCAGCAGCUAGAAGAUGCCUUGAGCCUGGUGUCUUGCUCAGCUCAAGAGGAGCUCCUGGAGCAAGGGCUGGAGCAAGGGCUACAGGAGUUGUGGGGAGCCCUGGGUCAGAGGCUGCAGGAGCUGGGUGGGAAUGUCCACUACAGCAAGGAGCCUCAGCACCAGCAGUUCAGCCACUCCCUUCAGCAGCUGGCCCAGGAGAUCCAUGACAGUAAGGUGUUCCUGUGGGAGGAGCUAAAGACUCUACAGGACAAAGUGGCCCAAAUCCACCAGAAGCUCAUCACCCAGGAUGAGGAAAUCACCCAGAAUCUCAUCAACAUCAAGAAAAUGCAGGACAACAUGGUAAAAUGCCGCAAGUUUCUGACAAAGCUGAAGGAGCAGAGUGGGUUGUCCUCAGCUGAGGAUCUGGCUGAAAGCAAGUGGGCCAAGGAAGUGAAGAAGGAGCUGAUGAAUAUCAGGUUGAACAUCAAUACCCUUCAAAACAGCAAAGAACAAAACAUCCAGGGGAUCCUGAAGACUAAAGGGACAGGCCAGAGAGGUCGUCACUGCCACUCGCCGACCCCAUCGACAUCAGUUUGGACCUUGAAGUCAGGCACCAUGGGCCACCCAAACCAGGAUGAGAGCAGUGCAGAAGACUGAAGUGGCUUGCUGGCAACAGGACUAAACAUGGCGGAAGAGAAAGGAGGGACUUAUUCUGUGUUGUGCUUGUUCUCUCCACAGUCUGAACAGUCCUGACCACCUGCUGCCUGACCUGAAUCCCAAGGUCUCAGGUCCCCCCAUCCGAGGUCCCGCAAAUUCAAUAAACUCUGAUCUUCAAUGUC